AUGUAUCCUAUUGCGUAUAUAGUGGUUGAGGUGAACAAUUAUGAAACAUGGUCAUGGUUUCGUCAACUGUUGGCAAAGGAGCUUGGAAUCGAAAAUAGCAGAGGAUAUGUCUUUAUCACAGACAAGCAAAAAGGCUUGAUUGAUGCAGUACAUGAUCAUUUUCCAAACGCUGAGCACAUACAUUGCCUCAAACACUUAGAAGCAAAUUUUUUGUUUGCUAGUCACAGAGGAUUGGUGUUGAAAUUGCAAAUGGAGAAAAUCGCAAGGAGCAUAACCAUCCCAUGGUGGGAUGCUGAGAUGAAAAAGAUGAGACAGCUGAGCCAAGCUUCAUUUGAUUGGGUGGCGGCUUUAGAUCCAUCACAAUGUGCCCUUGUAGAGGUACGAGACAAACCUAUUUUAACCAUGCUAGAGAGAAUUAGAUACUAUAUUAUGUUGUUAAUGGCAACUAGAAGAGCAUCUUGUGAGAAAUGGAAACAUGUCAUUGGUCCAAGGAUUUUUGGGAUUUUGGAGAAAACGAAGAAAGAAUCAGCUUGGAGAUGGGAUAUUAUUGGGAUCCUAUGCAAGCAUGCAUGUGCUGCCAUUGGCCAAUUAAAUGGGGAUCAUAUUGCUUAUGUUGAUGCUUGUUACAAGAAGGAGGCCUUUAUGAGAGCUUAUAGUCCAAUGGUUCAUCCAAUGAUAAGUGAAGACUUGUGGCCUAAGUGUCAUAGGCCUCCUUUGAUGCCACCACUUUAUCACAAACAACCUGGAAGACCAAGGAAGAAGAGGAUGAGGUCGGCAGGUGAACAACCAAGCAAAUCUAAUCAUACAGCCACCAAGUUGCAGAGGUAUAACUUGGAAACCAAGUGUUCACUUUGUAGACAAGGAAGCCAUAAUAUGAGGAGUUGCCCUAAGGCAAAAGAAGGCAGCAACAGUCAGGUCCUAUGUAAACGAAAGGUGAAGAAAUCUGCCCAAGAUACGACAUCAGCCAAAAGGGUUACAAGACAAUCAAGAGCCAAGCAACCUGUGAGAAGAAGGUUGGAAACUGGCCAGUGUUCUCAAACUGGCUAG